CUCUUUCGUGUGCACAUCUUGGUCAUUCGCGUCAAAUAGCUCAUCCUUUCGUCACUUAAUUAUUAUGAAAUCCUCGGCGCUGUUAUUCCUGGUAUCAGGUAAACUGAAAAAAAGCAUGAUGUUCGUCUUCGUAAUUGCUUUUUUUCUCCCUUUUGGAAGCAUGGAGAAACGCAAAAACACAAUAUCUAGGAUAAAGUUUCAAGGAAAGUAUGAAGCUAAUUUUCAGCCAACAGUGAAGCCAAGAAAUUCGUCUGCAACUUCAGAUCUAAGCCGAAACAUUAGCACGGUUCUGGAAGAGUUGCUGAUGAACUAUGACAAUCGACAAAGACCAGACCACGGAGGUUCACCAACAGUUGUAACUACAAAUUUUUUAAUCAGAAGUAUGGGGCCUAUUUCGGAACUAGAUAUGGAAUAUUCUAUGGAUUGCUAUUUUCGACAGAAAUGGACAGAUCGGCGCUUGAUGUUUGGAGGACCAAUUAAAAACCUUAGUUUAAGUAUAAAAAUGUUGGAAGGCCUUUGGAAGCCAGACACUUAUUUUCAUAAUGGCAAAGGCUCGUAUCUGCAUACAAUAACCUUACCGAAUAAGCUGUUGCGAAUAUUUCAAAAUGGAGAAGUUCUAUAUUCGAUGAGGCUAACCAUUAAAGCUACCUGCCCCAUGCUGUUACAAAAUUUCCCGAUGGAUAAGCAAUCUUGUCCACUUGUCUUCGGAAGUUAUGGGUACACUGUGGAUCAUUUAAGGUAUCAAUGGGAUCCAAAAGGAGCUGUUAGCCUAAAUGAAGGUCUUGUUCUUUCUCAGUAUGAUUUGAUUGAUUUUCCAAUACAAAAUGGAACAGUGACAGCAAAGACAGGGAUGUUUUCGGUACUUCAAAUCAACUUCAACUUGAGACGACACAUGGGUUAUUUUUUAAUUCAAGUGUAUGUUCCAUGCAUUCUCAUAGUUGUAUUGUCUUGGGUUUCAUUUUGGAUCAAUCGAGAAGCCACAGCUGAUCGAGUUGGUCUAGGAAUUACUACUGUUCUCACUUUGUCAACUUUUGGUCUGGAUACAAAAACCGAUCUGCCAAAAGUCUCUUAUCCAACAGCUUUGGACUGGUUCGUUAUCAUGUGCUUUACCUUUGUCAUUGCGACUCUACUGGAGUUCGCAGGUGUCCAUUAUUUUACGAAGAUCGGCAGUGGGGAAUAUCCUUGCAUCCAGUCUGGUGAUGAAUCCGAUACUGAUGAUGGAUUUUCAAGUACCAGGCAUUUGGGUCCCACGACCGUAAGUGGGAGAGACAUUGUUCUCUAUCCGAGUCCAAUUCCAAGAGCUUGCAGGAGGAAAAGGUCAACUACUCACAUUCCAAACUGUCGGGAUUUAAGAAUCUGUUGCAUUCAGUUUUGGAACUGCUUUCUUGCCAGUGAAAAAUACAAGGCUGCCAUGCGGCGUAGAGUUGCUGGAAGAACAGACGCAGUCAAUAGCGUUAGCAAAAUUGAUGAAAUUUCCAGAAUUUUAUUCCCUUGCUGCUUUUUGGCUUUGAACUUCUUCUACUGGUUCAUCUAUGGGUCCAAACACCAGUCUUCAACAUGGGAAAAUAUGUGACUCCAAGGACAUUUUCCUACUUCUACAAUUGAUUCAAAAUAGAAAUCAACAUAUCUACUGCAAUUUAUAAAGCUUUUUUCGGUACAUGCGUUAACAUGUAUUUUAACGUCGCAUGUUAUCAUUAAAGGUUGUAAGCUGUGUAGUGAUAAUUUGUAGUCGCUUUUUAAGUAAGAAGAAUAAGAUUGUUAAAUUUAUUCUGAUUUAAAACUUUUCCUCCUAAGUGUUUACAGAAAACAUACCAUGCUCGAAACACGUUUGG